CCCUCUCCCCCGCCCAUUCCCAUCUAUAUCACUCGAUCGAACGUCUCUCCGCCCCGUCCUUGUCAUCAUAAAUCUCGUAAGAAUUUUCAUUGAAGGUGAUAGCUGAGGAUUAGAGGAAUUUGGCUUAAACAAAAGUUUAGUUGUUUUAGAUGGCAUCAUCUAAGCUAAAAGCACUAUGGAACCACCCAGCGGGCCCUAAAACAAUUCAUUUCUGGGCUCCGACUUUUAAAUGGGGAAUUAGUAUUGCAAAUAUUGUAGAUUUUUCUAAACCACCUGAGAAGAUCUCCUACCCUCAGCAAGUUGUUGUUACUCUCACCGGACUUAUCUGGUCGCGCUACAGCACUGUGAUAACACCGAAGAACUGGAACCUUUUCAGUGUGAGUGUUGCAAUGGCUGGAACUGGCCUCUAUCAACUUAAUCGCAAGAUUCGGCAUGAUUAUAUUUCUGAAGCUAAAGAAGUACAUGCAAAAGAAUGAGCCAACCAAAUUCCUGUUUUCCGGCAAGACCUAGUUCUUUUCUCAUGGUAGCUAUACGUGCAUCUAUAAAGGUUUGCUCUUCUUGGCAUUUCUAUUCUAGGGAAAAAUGCGUCUUUUUUUUCCCAGAUGUGGAGAAAAAUAUGAAAUCCUGCAAGUUAGGCUCUGUCAUUACUGAAUUAAAAUUUUUGCCUCCUCUUUCACAACGUAAUAAUGAUAUUCCAGAGUCUAUUACAAUUUUGGUUAGCCAUGUAAUGUACUUUGUUAAGGCAUCUGAUAUGGUUUGGUACUAGUAAACAAGUGGAAACUGGUAAUAGUUAUGCACCACAGAUUAGUUCAAAUUUCUUACGAAUAUAUUUCUGCUAUGGUAUGCAUGUUUCUUUUCCUCUACAAUCGUCAUCCAGGGCGAGUUAUAAUUUGUGGUGUUCACUAGGUAGCGCUGCUGAUAGCAAUCAUAUUGCUUGUAUAUUUAUGUGGUAUUUUACAUGCAUAUAUACACGAGUCUUGUAAUCGUUUUCUAGUCUUUUGUAUGGUAUUUCCUACAUCUAUUUAAGUUAUUUAACUUGUUUUGUGUUACUCGAAAGUAUGUUUAGUUGUGAUGAGAUCGUUAAUUGUGUUAAUUGGUGUACCCUAAUAACUAGUGUCCUAUGUGGACAACUCUAAGCAUAGCCACCUAUGGAGAUUCUUAUGCAAAUGCCAACCUCAUGGAAUUGGGACUCGCAACUUAUUUCUCAAAGGGAAAAAAAGGGGGGGCAACCUCAAUCAUGUGCACCUCAUAUUAGAAUAGUCUCCAGUUGCUCUAGUUACUCCUCAAACAUUUAACUAGUCCAAGUUCCAUAGUAGAUCUCCUCAUGGCAAAAUUUCAAGUGAACCUAUGGUGUGCACACACGUGUAUCGGCACGUGUCUCAAGAGAAUCCUUCGAGGCUCUCGAGAAAUCAACUUUUGAUUAAGGAAACAACAGAAAAGAGAUUGUGGGGUUUAAGUAAGCUGGGGAGGCCAAGUUUCCACCUUGAAACACUACUAAAAGAUGCCCCUCCCCCCUAAGCUUAUUAAUUUAGUAGCUUGUUGGCAUAUAAUUGAGCUUAAAGUAAUACUAACUUUUGCUGGGAAGUAAGGAGCAAGAAGAGAGAGAGAUAGAGGGAGAUGCUGGCUGUUGUGGAGACAUGGGCAUGGUGAGUUUGAUCUCACAUGCUCAUGCAUGUGUCCAUGCCAGGUGCACAGUGUAGCUGUGUAGGUGAUAUAGAGGCUAGCAUAUAUUAAGAUGCAUGCCUAGAUGGUGAAGAAGAAUAUCUUAUUUGCAAUGGAACUGAUGAGUGGCCACAAACUGAUGAAAAGCUGGUAGGCACAUGCACUGCAGAAAUUGUGUCUCUCUCUAAAGAAUGAUGAAUGAUGAUUUUGAGGAAAGGCUACAAAAGUGUAUUGUACAAUACCAAACUAGUAUCAGCUAUUGAAGGUUUCUUUGCAGGAGAAAAAAAAUAGAUAUGAAAAUUAUUGAUAUUAUGAAAGCUAGUUUUGCUAUUGAAUAAUUCUCUGCUGCAGUCACAAAGGCAAGUGGUUUGAGCCUUCUGACAACAUGGUACUCUUUGGUAGAUACAAAAAUAUCAUUUAUGAAAAUUUUAUGUUUGAUUGAGUUAACCGUUGUUAUGUGAAGUAUCUAUUAGGGCCUGUUUGGAAGUGUUGUAAACAAAGAAUAUUGGAGACAAAUCGAGUAGU